AUGUCAACACGAGAUACUCUUGAUAUCCAAACUCAUCUUCUUGAAGCCCGAGUGAACAUUUUCUCGGACAGUAUUUGUGAAAAAAUAUUUUCGCCUUUCGAUUUGUGGGACGGAAAAUCAUCGAUUUGUGCGAUGGGAAGUUCUGGAGAAGGAUCAUGCCAUGGCGAUGCAGGAGGACCAGUUAUUUGCGUGGAUUCUAAAAACGACCCAAUCCUGGUUGGAAUUCAAAAGAAGCGGCAAACUUGCGGUGGCCCCUUCCUCAUUACGAAAACGUCCUCUUAUGUCGAUUUCAUCAAAAACCUCAUUUCGGCGCGAGCUUUGACGAAAUGCGGCCCACCAGAGAGGUCAUUCGAUAUCGCCGAUAAUGUGAAGAUUGAAUGUCAGGGCGAGACCUGCCACUUGGGCUGUUACAUAACCCAUCAGAUACCUAAUCUGAAAAUGAUUACCUGCCAGACAAAUGAAGAAACAAACGAGCCAGAAUGGAAUCCACUACCUGAUGACGUGUCCCAAAUCAAAUGCCUGACUCCAAGUCGAAGAACUCAAUGCGGCCAUGUUGAAGAAUUCUUCGUUGUCGAAAAAGGCGUCGUUGUCGAAUGUUCCAAGUCAACUUGUCAAGUUUCGUGUGCGCAGAAAAACCAGAGUCCUUCUUCGGACGCGGUAAAAUGCUUGAACAGAGAACGCAAACUCUGGAAUUUACCAGCUGGCUUCACCUUAAAAUGCGAGUACCGCCCUCUUGCGUUCGACGACGUCCAGGAGGAAAUCAUGGCGCAUUAUAAUCGAAUUAAUCUCGACUUUGAUAACCUUGACGUCGUAGAAGCCUCAGUCGUCACUCAAGCACCUAAAACAACGACGACGUGUACCAAGAACAAGACCCCUGUCAGCACUACUAGAUUCAGACCAAAGAAAAGAGCCGGAAGAAAGAAGCAAAUCAAAAAAUACUUGACAAGCUUCACUAUCACCAAGAAAACAACAACGACUUCAACAACAACAACCACGACAUCAACAACCACAUCAACAACAACCACGACAACUACAACCACAACCACAACGACAAUAACAACGACAACAAAAACAUCAACUACAACAACGACAACAACAACAACCACGACUACAACAACAACAUCAACUACAACGACAACAACGACGACAACAACAAGAAUAGCAACGACAACGACACAAGAAAUACAGCCGCCGUCCAGAGGUCCAAACGCAAGCCUUAUCUCCUUCGACAAUUCCGGCAAAACAGUCGUUUAUAAUUUCGCGUCGGUCACGGAAAACCCUUUCAAACUUGCUCCACAAACAGUCGCUCCAACCACUGAAAGCUCUCCAACAACGCUAUCUCAAACAAAAACAACGCCAAAGCAACAUCGUUUCUCGUUCGUCGGUGGGCCAGGAAAGAGACCCGCAAAGCGACCAGGAAAAAAGGGUCCAAAUAGAAAGCGUCCAAACAAAAAACGACCAGGGAAAAAGCGACCAGCAAAUGGAAAGAUUCAUGGAAAGAUACCCAACAAAAAGCAGCCGACAAAGAAAGCUCCUUCGACAUUCAAAAAACCGAUUAAAGGGGUCAGGCCAACUUCUGGAAUAAAGAGAAUCGAUAAGCCAUUUACUCAGUAUUGCGGAAAUCUCAGAAAUUCAAAAGAACAUGGUUAUUGGCUCAAGAAGCACAACUUUCACGUCAACUGCCACUCGCCCAAAGGAAGAUUGCAGAUUUGCUUUAUCAAAUGCGAACCCGGACCGUACGUCGCUGAGGUCAAAUGUUUCAAACACAAAACCGGCCCUGCAAAAUGGUCUUCUCUCAAGAAAGAACCUUCCUGCUGA